AUGGAAAACGAAUUACCAACAAAUGAAAAAUAUGAUGUUCACUUAAUUAACUUAGAAUUUUAAGAUAGAAAAUAGCAUGAAAACCUGAUUUCUAAAAUGAUGCUUCUGAGAGCUUAUCCUAUACUAAAAGUAAAAAUGAUAAAAUAACGUAAAGAAAGCAUAGCUUGACAUUUUGGAAUCUGAAAUGAUUGAUGAUUUAAAUGAUGAGGAGAAGACCCUAAUACUAUUUUAUAGAUUUUUAGAAUAAAUUGAAAGUAAAGAAAAAUAUCCUUUUUCUUUAAAUUUAAUGUAAGAGUUACUCAAGUUUUUCUUAAGUAAUAUAAUUAUAUUUAUAAUUCAGAGCCUUUGAUAAGAGUUAUAUUGAUUUAGGUCUUACUUACUUUGGGGUAAUUAAUUUUACCAGUAUUAAUAAAACUAAGUAUUGAUUGUGUUGUAGAUGCUGAACAUAAAUUAGAAAAUGGAAUUAUUUUGAUUGUUUUAAUAUUAUUGAUAAGAUUAUCAAAUAUAUUGAGUUAAUCUCAUUAACGAAUGUUAAGUGUAAAAUUAUAUCAUAAUAAGGAAAGAGAAAACUUGGAUAUGAAUCAAUGAGUGUAAUAAGUAUGUUAAUUAUGAAAAAGAGUCUCAGAAUAUCUUUAUUAAGUAAUAAUGAUAGAAGUAUAGGAGAAAUAACAAAUUUGAUGCAAGUUGACUCUUAAAAGUUGAUUUUAGCAUCUAAUGAUUUAUUAAAUUUAGCUAUGAUUCCACUAUAUUUAAGUAUAUAUAUUAAUAUGUAAUGAUAGUCAUAAGUUUAAUAUUAAUGUAUCAUUUAAUAGGGAUAUCAUUUACAAUAGGAUUUAUAAUAAUACUAUUAACAAUUAUUUUGAAUAUAAAAAAUGGUGAAAAUGUAAUCAAAUCAUAAGUGAAAUUAUUAGAAGCCAAAGAUAAUAGGAUAAAGUAAAUAAAUGAAAUAUUUACUUAAAUAAAAUUCAUAAAAAUAAAUGCUUUAGAAGAAUACUUUUUAUAAAAAGUGUAUAAUUUACGUUAAAUAGAAAUUAAAUGUUUAAAAGAUAGAUUAUUUUAUUCAGCUAUUAUAAUUUUUUCAGGUUGGUUGGCACCUUAAAUAAUUCUAAGUUCUACAUUUGGUUUAUAUAUAUAUUUAGGUAAUACUAUGAAUCCUUCAAUCAUAUUUUCAAUUAUUAGUUUAUUUUAGAUAUUGUAAAUUACAAUAUAAUAAUUACCAAUUUCAAUUACUGCACUAUUAGAAACUAAACUAUGUUUAAAUAGAAUCUAAUAAUUUCUAACAUCCUAAGAAAUUAUGACAGAUUAUAUAAAUUAAAAAGAAUUUAGAGAUAAUGAAAUUGCUAUUUCUGUGAAUUAAGGAAAUUUCUAUUGGAAUAGAAGUUAAGUUGAAAAAUAAGAAUUAAUUUUAAAGAAUAUUGAAAUGUUGAUAGCUCCAGGAUAAUUAGUUUCAAUUAUUGGAGAUGUUGGUUCAGGUAAAACAUCAUUUGUAUAAUCUUUAUUGGGAGAGAUGCUUUAUAAAGAUGGUCCAAAAGUCCAAAUUUAUGGUUAAAUUGCUUAUGUGAGUUAAAAAGCUUGGAUAUAAAAUGCAACUGUUAGGGAUAAUAUUUUAUUUGGUAAGCCAUAUCAUCAACAAAGUUAUGAGAAAGCAAUUCAUUAUUCUUGUCUUAAAUAAGAUAUGGAAAUAUUAAUUAAUAGUGACUAAACUGUAAUAGGAGAAAAAGGAAUUAAUUUAAGUGGGGGACAAAAAGCAAGAAUUAGUUUAGCUAGAGCUAUUUAUAGUGAUGCUAGUAUAUAUUUAUUAGAUGAUCCAUUAAGUGCAGUUGAUUCUCAUGUUGGAAACUUUUUGAUGAAGGAAUGCAUAUUAAAUCAUUUAAAAAAUACAACUAGAAUAUUAAUAACACAUUCUUUAAAUUAUUGUAAAUAUGCUGAUUAUAUUUAUUUAUUUGACAAUGGUUAAAUUUUUGAAAAGGGAAUAUAUUCUGAUUUAAAAUUGAGUAAAAGAUUUCAAAAUAUAGCUGAAAAAUGUAAUAUGGUCGAAGAAGUUAAUGAAAAUAAUGUUUAGAUUUAAAAAACAUAAGAAGACACUCAAUUAACUACAACAAAAGAACAUAAAAUUAAUGCAAAUGACAAUAUUAUUAUUGCAGAAGAAAGACAUAAAGGAGAAAUAAGUUUCAGUGUUUUUAAUUAAUACUUUGAAUAUGGAGGUGGUUACUGCAAUUUUAUUUUAGUUUUAAUAAUUAUGAUAUUUUGGAUUUUGACUUACUUAGGUUCUAGUUUAUGGUUAUCAGAAUGGACACUUUCAACUUAUGAAUUAAGUAAUUAUUCAUAUUUAAUAAUUUACUUUAUUUUUGGAUGUUUACAAGCUUUAUUAGCAUUUAUAAGAGCAUUAACAAUUAUUAGAUAAAGUAUUAAAUCAUCAUCAAAGAUACAUGAUGAAAUGAUGGAUUGUUUAAUGUAUGCACCUUAAUGUUAAUUUUUUGAAAGAGUGCCUUUGGGGAGAAUAAUGAAUAGAUUAACUAAGGAUAUUAAUUAACUUGAUACAGAAAUAUAUAUGAAUAUCAGUUGGUUAUAUACUAAAGUUAGUUAAUUGGCUAGUCAUAUAUUCUUAAAUAUUUAUGCAAGUACAUAUCUUAUGUUGUUUCCUAUUUUCAUAUUUUUUGGAGUAUGUAUGAAAAUAUAAAGAGGAUAUACAAGAGCAAGUAGAGAAUUAUAAAGAUUAGAAUUAAUGAGUAAAAGUCCAAUUUUAAGUUACUUUUCUGAAACUCUUACAGGAUUGACUACUAUCAGAUCAUAUUAAUAAGUUAAUUAAUUUAUAAAGACUUUUGGAUAGAAAUUAGAUGAAAAUAGAAAGAUUGUAGAAGCUUAAGUGAUUACUAAUGCUUGGUUUACUUAGAUAUUAGGUUUGACUAGUUUGAUUGUUAAUAUGUCAGCCAUAAUUUAUUGUAUUUUAUAUACGAAUAAUCCAGCAUUGGCAGGAUUAGUUAUGACAUAUGCAUCAAAUAUUGAUAUGAAUAUUUAAUAGACAAUUGAAUCUAUAAGUUCAUUAGAAAAUGAUAUGAUAUCUUUUGAAAGAUGUUAAGCAUUCACAACAAUUGAAAAAGAAAAUAGAAAUGAAAAGAAAAUUACAUUAAACAAUUGGCCAUCAUCAGGAUCAGUUGAAUUCAAAAGUUUAAGUGUUUAAUAUAGAUAAAAUCUACCAUAUGCUUUGAAUAAGAUAUCAUUCAAAAUCAAUCCAAUGGAUAAAAUAGGUAUAGUAGGACGUACUGGAGCAGGUAAAUCUACUAUCACAAUGAGUAUUCUAAGAUUAUUAGAUAGAACAGAAGGAUAAAUUUUAAUUGAUGAUAUUGAUACAUAAAAUAUAUCUUUAAAAUAAUUAAGAGAAUCAAUUACAAGCAUUAUAUAAGAUGCAGUUAUUUUUAAUGGAACAAUUCGUGAUAAUUUAGAUCCAUUAAAUAAAUGUUCUGAUGAUGAAAUUAAAUAAGUUUUAUUGGAUUGCUGUUUAGAUAAAUUAACAGAAAAUAGAAAUGGAUUAUAUUCUAAUUUAUAUGAAGAUGGUGAUAAUUUAAGUGCUGGUGAAAAACAAUUAUUAUGUAUAGCAAGGGCAAUACUCAAAAAAAGCAAAAUAAUUUUAAUUGAUGAAGCUACUGCUAAUAUUGAUGUAGAUACUGAACAUAAAAUAUAAGAUACAAUCUCAAAAGCAUUCAAAAAUUGUACUGUCAUUACUAUUGCACAUAGAAUUAAUACAAUACUUAAUUGUGAUAAGUAAAUAAUUUAUAUAUAUAUCUAUUAGAAUUAUUGUAAUAAAUAAGGGAUAGGUAUAAGAAUAUGGUUUGACCAAAGAAUUGUUGAAUAAUGAAUAAUCAACUUUCUACUAAAUUUAUUCAGAAUCUUAAUUAAAUAAUACAAAAAAAUGA